AUGACUACACCAGCCAACGCAAGCACGUCAAAACCACGGAUCAAGCACCUCGUAUUGGAUGCGGGGCCGCUCCUCACAUUUACCCCUCUCAGGGGCUUGGCGGAGAACUACUAUACCACACCACAAAUCGUGGAAGAGCUAAAGGAUCCUCGUGCCAGGGAGCACUUCCAGAAUCUGAGCUUAACAGCUGGCGUGCACCUUCAAGUGCGACAGCCAGAUAUACUUUCCGUGUCACAAGUGACGAUCACAGCGAAGAAGACUGGAGAUUAUGCCGUCCUCUCGCAGGCUGACGUAGGCGUGAUUGCCCUCACACAUGAGUUGGCUACCGAAGAAACCACAAACAAUGCGAUUGAAUCACAGAUUUUAAGCAAUGAGUGCGGUCUGCACGGCGCAGAGAAUGUCGGUGUACUUGCGGAAGAUGAUGGACCUCAAAAUGCCGACGAGGCGAAUUCUGGAGCUAGUUCUGAAGAGGAGGAAGAAGACGAGGAGAACACCGAUGAUGCUUUGGAAGGCACCGAGGAUAUCCAGGGCCAAAUGGAGAACCUUCAUAUCGAGGGGGAAACGAGUCGUCGGACAAAGCCCGAGUCAUCAGACCCCCUACCUUCCGACGACGCUCCAGCGCCGACUGUUGUCGAUGUGGACGAUCCACCAUCAGACGACGGGGAAGGCGAAUGGAUCACACCCUCCAACGUUGAUAGCUACAAGUCCCGGGCGCGCGAGCCUAACGCAUCUGGUACGAAGGCGGACAAUCGACCGAUGAUAGUCGCCUGCAUGACAGCAGAUUAUGCCGUGCAGAACGUUCUUAUGCAUAUGCACCUCAAUCUAGUGACUAUGGAAGGAAAGCGGAUCACCAAGGUGAAAAGCUGGGUGUUGAGAUGCCAUGCUUGUUUCAAGAUAUGCAAGGAUCCCACCAAGAAGUUCUGUCCAUCCUGCGGCAACCCUACGCUGCUGCGUACAUCCGUAUCUACGGAAGCGCCAUCACCUGGCUCACCGAACCAAGAGCCUAUCUUCCGAGUACAUCUCAAGCCGAACUUUCAGUACCGUACACGUGGCACGAUCUAUUCCAUUCCCUUACCAAAACUUGGGCAAGCGAAGGGCGGCGGCACCGGUGGAUCGGGUCUGAUAUUACGCGAGGAUCAGAUAGAGUAUCAGAGGGCCCUCCACAAGGAAAAGGGGAGGCAAGCGAAAGAGGAGCGAGCAAUGGAGAGGGCUAUGGCAGCUGCUGCGAAGGGUGAGCGGCCGAGAGGUCAAGGAACUUGGGAUGACCCCGACUGGAUUCCUGGGCUAUUGUUGGGUGAAGCGGGAAGGAAACGUGGUGGUGGAAUGCCGGCCGUAGGUCAUGGGAGGAGAAAUCCAAAUGAGGCGAGACGGAAAAAGCGAUAG